CGAUAGUUUGGGUCAAGUGGCUCAUUUUAUUUUACGUCAGAAAUGUAGCAGAUGUCAGAAAAGUAGCAGAUUUCUGAACAGUCACAGGUCGAGAAUGGAGGGAGUGUCGGAUGCAUACGUGAUGAUGAAGAUAGUUAGGCAAUAACAGUGGCACCUUUUCGCUGCUGAAGUUCCCUCUCUGAGUCAGGGGGAGAUUGCUGCCGAUUCAACGUUGGUGUGUAUAAGGAGAGGAGGAGGAGGUGGUAGGCAAAUCGAGCCGGGGGAGCGAAGGAAGUAAGGAUCGACUGCUCCCCCUUGGAUGUACAGAUGAUACAGAGUCGUUUCAGUUGGUGAUGCGCAGCUUGCUUUUUUUUUUCUCUCUCUAAUAUUUAUUAUUUUAAUAUUUUCGUAUUAUAGUUCAUGUUUGUGAUUUAUCUUGAUUCUUUUGCUGAGGCGGAGUUACUAUUGUGGAGUUGCCUAUGUUUCUUUUAACAGAAGAUUGUGUGCGUGAUUGCUCAAGCGAAUGCCAUGGGAUUUUAGUAUUUAACAGCAGAAUAGGCAACUGUCAGCCUAUGGAUGAUCAGUCGUUGCACCGGCAAGCGUCAGCCACUCGAAUAAGCACGAACCAGCGAACUCGUCACCAGAAGAAAUUACGAGCAUGCCUAUGUCUGUGAAUCCUGCAGAUGUAAUGAAAGAUGAAAGCUCACCUACCGGAAUGUAGGUUGGCGAAGGUUGCAGUACCAGUAGCCAUGCUGCAGCCACCCAUGUGUGGAACCACUUUCUGGGAAAAGAGGCAUACUGAUAAAAUUGCUCGAUUGGCGUAUAUAUGCCUGCUCGGCGUGAAGAAUGACAGGCAGGUUGACGAGUCGAUUGGUCGGGAGUAUUGAGGGAAUCGAUGGAGGUAAGAGAGACGUCCGAUCAAGUUGUUCGUCGAACGGACUUGGACUAGAGGGAGAAGCCGCUGGUGCAGAUGAUAUCUGAGGAUCAGACGAUCAGAUGACAUUUGAUGGAGUUCAGGAGGAAGGAUUCCGAAGGAACAGAAACUUGAUUACCUGCAAGAGCAACCGAAAUCUCGUCGGGAGAGAUCAUUGAUAUAGGGAGAAGGCUGUUCACACUCAAACACCAGAACCAUCUGCUCACAAGCAAGCAGCAAUCUGGCAGGAUUGUCUGUGUAUCGGUUUCCCUUCAACGUACAGUUCGCUUUUUGAAAGAGUGCCACAGCUGACUGCAGAAGUUUCAGUGUCACUUCUACGGAUAGCUCCUUUUCGUGUCGGUGUCACUUCUACAGGUAGUUCCUUUCAAAGAGUUUCAAACAGAUACAAGCUCACGGAAGUCCAGGUCAUGGCGAACCAUGGAAGGUAAGUUUUGCGAGGGGAUCUCGAUCAGGAAAGAGACAGCGUUUUCCUAUAUAUAUAUUGGGCUGAAUAAGAGCGCACAUAGGACUGGAAGUGGUGCAGUGGAAAGCGACACAACUGGAAGUGCCGCAGCGGAAAGCGACACGGAUUACGUGCAAUCUGAGAGCUCUGGUGGUGAAAGGAACAAGCAGGAAUGGUAGCAAGCUGAGGACAGCAAGCACUGUUCGGGACGUGCUAUGGGCAGCAUGGUGCAACCUGGAGGAAGUGCUAAGAAGGCAAGGGAGGAGAGAGUUGAUGGGGGGACAAGGAACAGAACACUGUGCAGGUGAUGAGGGCACUUCCAGGCAGAGAAUGGAGAGAGCAACUAGGAUGGGGAGAGAGGAUAGUGGAAGAGACACGAGAAGGAAUGAGAGCUCAGGGAAGUUGCAGGUAGUUUCAAUGCGGUUUCAUCAGGAGAGGUCGAGCGCAAAGGUGAGGCCUGGCGGUAGCAGAGCGAGUGGAAAAGGGGGAAGUGUGCAUCAAAUAAGAGGGCGAAUCGCGAUUUACGGUCAUGUCGAGGCAAACAGACAGAAGAGGUGAGACAGAGGAGAAGACAGGAAAAAGUGCAGAGGGGAAAUGAUAAGAAAAAGUGAUGGAUGUGAGAGCCUAGCAUGAUUACCAGGCAAGGGGAGAACGAAUCGAAAGCUUAUUCAGAAGUUUCAGCGGACAGGCAAAUGCUCGGAUCGGAAGUGCUCCAGUGUAAGUGAGCUUAGUGGAGCAAAGGAAGAGGAGGUGAGGUAGUGGAAGAGGAGGAGAGGAAGUGGAAGAGGAGGAGAGGAGGAGAUACUAGAAACAAGCAUCGAGAGGGGAAAUGAAAGGGAGUGAUGAAUGAGAGAGCCCAGCAUGAUUACCAGGGCAAAGGCAUUUCGGCGGCGAGGACGAAUGGAAACCUGCUGAAGUUUUGGAGGAAAAAGCCAAAUGAUGUGCUGCAAUAAAUGACCUUAUGGUGGAGUAACGGAUGCGACCUCGUCCUUGGGGACAUCCGUUAAAAUUGGAACGAUACAGAGAAGGGUAAAUUAGCAAAUGGGCCCUGCGCUGUUAAGGAGGACACGCAUAAAUCGGAAAUGGUCCAAAUUGGCAAAUUCAACAACAACAACAAGAAAAAAAAAAAAGAAGGAUGGGACCUCAGUACCACUUCUCCUAGCAUACCAUCGGGAGGGCACGCCUUGACAGAAAAGUGCCAGAGAUUCGUUGUUCCGACUUUUUUGUUCAUUAAAGUUGAUUAAACUUCAUUUAGUAUUAUAAUAAUAAUUAUAUCUACAAUUCUACAUGCGAAUGAUGUUGUUCAGCGAAAGUGCCUCAGGGGAGGAGGAGCCAGGAAAAGACGCAUCAGUUAAAUUAAAUCACUGACAGGAGCGGUGAGCAGAUUAGAGAUUCAAAGGCAGGGACAGACGUAAACGACCCGUGCCGGUCCGAUCCUACAUUGCGGAUUUCAGCCGCUCGUUGAUGAAGGUGAAUUACAUAGCCGUGUAGGGCUGCACAACUGAGCACUAGAUGGAGGGGUGAUAGUAGGUGUUUAAGGUCCUCUGGAUGAAGGAUGAAAAUAAAUUGCAUUAGAUCCG